GAGCUAAGUACUCACGACUAGCUCAAUCAUCCAAAUCUUUUUCUUUGCUCUUGUUGCUUCAUUUCCCUCAAGAUUGUCGCUAGCAAAAACAAACAAAAAUGAGAGCAAGCUGUAUUCUUCUUUGUUUCUUUAUGUUUCUUGCUGUAUCUUCAGCCUACCCAGGCAAGAAGAAGCAGUACAAACCAUGCAAGGAGUUAGUCCUCUACUUCCAUGACAUUCUUUACAAUGGCCAGAAUGCUGCCAAUGCAACAUCGGCAAUUGUGGCAGCACCGGAAGGGGCUAACUUAACCAUCUUAGCAGGGCAGUUCCAUUUUGGCAACAUUAUAGUUUUUGAUGAUCCCAUUACCCUUGACAACAAUCUUCAUUCACCACCAGUUGGUAGGGCGCAAGGCAUGUAUAUCUAUGAUACCAAAAACACCUUCACUUCUUGGCUGAGCUUUACAUUUGUUCUUAACAGCACAGAACACCAAGGGACCAUAAGUUUCAUUGGAGCCGACCCAAUUUUGGUGAAGAGUAGAGAUAUAUCUAUAGUUGGAGGCACCGGGGAUUUUUUUAUGCACAGGGGAAUUGCAACUAUAGCCACUGAUGCAUUUGAAGGUGAUGUGUAUUUCAGACUCCACGUUGAUAUCAAAUUCUAUGAAUGUUGGUAAAGAGCAACACAUGUAUGCUUAAUUGAAGAUGGAGUUAAUUAUUGAGUGGAAACUUGGGGUAUGCUUUUGUUGCAGUCCCUUUUCAUCGAAUAAAACGUCAUAUAUUUAAUUGUUA